AUGAUAGAAUCAAUUGAGAAAUCGCCAAAACCACUAGCCAUCGUGGGAUUGUCAUUCCGUCUUCCCCAGAAUGCGGUGACCCCGGAUGCCUUCUGGGAGAUGAUAAUGUCGCGCCGAUGCGCUGUGACAGAGUUUCCCCCAGACCGAUUAAAUAUCGAGGGACACUACAGUCCAGAGGCGGACCGAUUAGACAGUCUAUCGAUGCGCGGCGGGCAUUUUUUGAAAGACGAUCUCAGUCGUUUUGAUGCUCCUUUCUUCUCUAUCACCGCUGCAGAAGCCGAGGCCAUGGAGCCCCCACAGCGACUACUUCUCGAGGGUGCUUUUCACGCGCUGGAAAAUGCGGGAAUUCCGCUGGAGCGCAUCGCCAAGACUAAGACCGCAGUCUUCGCGGGUUCGUCAGGCCAUGACUGGCUGAUGAUGGAGACCAAAGAUCCUCUUGACAUGCGCAAGUAUAAUAUUACCGGGUCAACAGGGAACAUGCUGGCAAAUCGUGUGAGCUGGUUCUUUAACCUUACAGGCCCCAGCGCAACUAUCGACACAGCUUGCUCGAGCAGUUUGAUGGCUGUGGAUUUGACAUGUCAAUCUAUCUGGAGUGGCCAAUCUACAAUGGGACUAGCCAUGGGUAGCAAUCUUCUGUUGGCCCCGGAAACAACAUUGAUGAUGGAUAAUUUGGGUCUUCUGUCAAAGGACAACCGUUGUUACAGCUUUGAUGCGUGUGGAAAUGGUUAUUCCCGCGGUGAAGGUGUAGGUGUUCUAGUCAUCAAGACGCUGGAAGAUGCGGUCCGGGAUGGAGACCCCAUUCGUGCUGUCAUUCGCGCAUCCGCAUCCAACCAGGAUGGAAAGACUCCGGGUAUCACGCAGCCUAGCCCAGAGAUGCAGGCCAAGUUGAUCCGUGAUACUUAUCGUGAAGCUUGUCUCGAUCUGGCGAUGACACGUUAUUUUGAAGCUCACGGAACUGGAACUGCCAUCGGAGAUCCCAUCGAAAUCAAAGCUAUCGCUUCCGUUUUCCAGCAACAUCGCUCUGCGACCGAGCCGUUGUAUAUAGGAUCCGUCAAGUCGAACGUUGGGCAUCUGGAAGGCGGUAGUGGAAUGGCUGGGAUGAUGAAAGUCAUAUUGGCUUUAGAAAAGGGUAUCAUUCCACCAAAUAGUGAAAACUUGCAGAAUCUGAAUCCUAGGAUUGAUGAUGAAUUCUGGAACCUAAAGUUUCCUCAAGAGGCUUUGACUUGGCCCACAAAUGGACUGCGAAGAGCAUCCAUUAGCUCAUUUGGAUACGGAGGAUCUAACACACACAUUGUCAUGGAUGAUGCGUAUAAUUUCCUUAAUUUGAACCACAUGAAAGGAAACCAUAACUCUGUGCCAUCGCUGUCUUCAAGCAUUUGCAAUGGAACGACAACUCAUGAUGUCCCAGUGCACCCAAUCACGAACGGAACCAAUAAAGUGGUCAAGAUUGAAGCUCCUAAGCUCCUUGUUUGGUCUGCGGUGGACGAAGCAGGCAUUCCCCGCAUCCAGAAUGCCUGGAGUUCAUUUUUGUCAACCAAGUCGAUCGACGAUGCCAAAUCAUUUCUUCACAACUUAUCGCAUACUUUGGGCACACGGCGGACACAUCUACCAUGGAGGACCUUUGCUAUCGCGCGGCCAUCAGAUGACUUAACGACCCUGGCAAACCGGCUCAGCACAGGCUGCCAGUCCAGUGAAUCACCCAAGCUUGCCAUGAUUUUCUCCGGUCAAGGAGCCCAGUGGUACGCCAUGGGGCGUGAGCUUCUCCACAUAUACCCUCAAUUCCUACAGUGGGUCAAAGAAGCAGGAGAAUAUCUUCGUACUUUGGGAUGCGAAUGGGACCCCGUGGAUGAACUCCAAAAACCCGAAGCCGAGUCUAACGUCAAUCGAACUGAGUACAGCCAGAUCAUGUGCACAAUCCUUCAGAUUGCUUUGGUGGACCUCCUGCAUUCUUUCAAUGUGGUUCCUAAAGCAGUCUUGGGUCAUUCGUCUGGAGAGGUUGCAGCUGCGUACUGCUCCGGCGCGAUCUCCAGACGCUCUGCUUGGAAGGUAUCGUAUUACAGGGGUAACAUGAGCAGUGGCCUUGAGAAGAACGCCGAAAUGAAAGGAUCAAUGCUAGCGGUGGCACUCUCCGAGAAUGAGGUCCUGCCGUACAUAGAAGCAACCGGUGCUGAGUUUGAGGUCCCUCGACUCACCGUUGGAUGCAUCAACAGUCCAAAAAGUGUGACGAUCUCCGGUGAAGGCGUUCAGCUGGAUGCACUGAAGGUCCGCCUAGAUAAGGACAAAGUAUUUUGUCGCAGACUAAUGGUCAAUCUUGCCUACCAUUCAUCCCAGAUGAAGGAGAUUGCGUCUGAAUACCUAGCAGCCUUGGGUGAACUGGAGGGGUCUGGUUUACCCCACCAUGCACGGCCACAGAUGGUAUCUUCUAUUACGGGUGACUGGAUCGAUCCGGAUGAGCCGUGUCAGGCGUCUCACUGGGUGCGCAACAUGAUAUCCCCUGUGCGUUUCUCUGCUGGUCUAGCAACUCUCUGCUCCACAUCUUCAGAUCCGUCGAGGGUACUGGAUGGCAGUCACCGCAGGAAGCUCAAGAUAGAUCAUAUCCUCGAGAUUGGGCCACAUUCUGUCCUACAGGGAGCUUGCAAAGAUAUAUUGAAGGAGAUCAACAAAGUCUCGUCUGUCAAAUAUUUGUCUUUACUGGUGCGGAAGAUGUCCGCUGUUGAUACUGCCUUUUCUGUUUUCGGUGAUCUGUAUGCCGCCGGGUAUCCGAUCAACCUAUCGUUACUGAAUAAGGAUGACGAUACCUGCAGAGCUCUUCCAGACCUACCGGAGUAUCCCUUCAACCAUGAUAAGUCCUACUGGCACGAGAGUAGGAUAAGCAAGAACCAUCGCCUGCGGAAGUUUGCGCGGAAUGACCUUCUGGGUCUACCCGACCCAAACCAGAACCCGCUGGAAGGACGGUGGAGAAACAUCAUUCGCGUAUCCGAAAUGCCAUGGGUCCAGGACCACAAAAUCAAUGGGACAAUCCUCUACCCUGGUGCUGGAAUGCUGGUCAUGGCCAUCGAGGCGGCUAAGCAGAUAGCGGAUGAGGGAAGACCAGUAUUGGGUUUCAAUGUUCAAGAUGUGGCAUUCCGUGCAGCGAUUCGCAUUCCAUUGAGUGCACAGGGUAUCGAGACCAGUUUACACCUACGCCCUGCCAAGAAUAUGGAGUCCAGACGCUCAGGAUGGUUCGAUUUCAAGAUUUGUACCUUGGAGAAUGAGACAUGGACAGAAAAUUGCACAGGCUCCAUUGAGAUCGUAUACGUCAACAAGGAAGAGGAGAUGAACAUAGCAGUGGCAGAAGAGCUCCAGGAAGCUCAACGACAAGCUUAUGCAACUGCAGCAGCAACCUGCAAGUCGAACAUGAGCAGCGACAAGAUGUACGAUAUUCUGAAGAAAUCUGGAUAUGGCUAUGGUGCAGCGUUCCAGCUGGUCAACGAGUUGUCCCUGAACACGCUUGGGCGAGAGAUGACAGCUGUCGUCCAAAACUUCUCGUCUUCCUUAGGAGAGACGAUUCAUCCAACGACACUGGAUUGUAUUUUCCAAUCAUCGAUCUGGGCCGCAGUAAACAGUGAUGCGGAAAUCGUUCCCACCGCUGUGCCUACUCAUCUCGAUAGGUUGUGGGUGAAUAGCCGAACGAUGAAUUCGCAGGAUUUCAAGACAUAUGGCUCAUGUGUGGAAGUGUCUCAGUUCCUUGGACCUGCCACAAACAUUGUGGCACUUGAUCAUAACCUGGAGAAAACUUUGGUUUCCGUCCAAGGCCUGCGCAUGAAUAUUGUCAGUGAGCCUGAUCUUGCGGGUAUUGAUGGAGAGUCGGUGGAUAGUCUCUGCCAUCAGAUUUCGUGGAAGCCAGACUUGAAGCUCAUGAGUAACGAUGAGAUUGCCCUUCUGUGCAAGAAAGAAAAUGCUACUGAUGCUGACCAUGAUUCCAUUUUCAACGAUUUGGACUUUCUAAUCGCGCGGGGGAUCAGAGAUGCGCUCUCCACUAUACCAGAGAAAGGCGCCCUCUUCUCUCAGCCACAUCUGAAAAAUUACUACAACUGGCUAGUGCUCCGUCAGAGACUAGUAGAAGAGGGCAAUCUCGGAAUCUCCACUGAUGGAUGGAAAACCUUCUUUAAUGAUGCUGAAUAUGUUCAGGAAGUCGAGCAACGUGUUCGCAAAACCAAACAAGGUUGCUUGUAUGCUUCCGUGGCAAAAAACCUGGGGAAAUUCUUAUCGGGAGAACUUGACCCUUCAAGCUUCUUCAAGGACGGAGAAAGAUUAAGCGAAGCAUAUUACGAGCUUGUAAAUCAAUCAAACGGCCUGCGUGGAUUGGUCGAAUAUCUCGACCUUUUCUCUCAUGCUCAUCCCCAGAUGAAGAUCCUAGAGAUCGGCGGACGUGCCGGAUCUGUCACAGGGCUCCUUAUUGAAAGUUUGGCAAGCGACAAAAUUGCCCCGCGGUAUGGGCACUUCGACUACACUGACGCGUCACCAGAAGACGUCGCGGAAGCUCAAGAAAAAUUUGAGCAGAACGCAGAAAGAAUGGAAUUCAAAGUACUGGAUAUCAAGCAAGAUCCAGAACUUCAGGACGUAGAAUGUGGCACAUAUGAUAUAGUCGUGGCCUCCCUGAUUUCCCAUAGGGUGUCUUCCCUCAAAUCGGCGUUGCAGAAUGCGCGAAAGCUUUUGAAAACUGGUGGUAAGCUCGUUUUGUACGACGGGGUUUCUCCGGAUGGUCGGUCGACUUUUAUCUUUGGCUUGCUCGAGCAAUGGUGGCAAGAUCUGGGAUCGCAUUGCCAAUCGGGCCGUUAUAUUGACGAGAGUCAAUGGAACGACGUCCUCAGAUUCACUGGAUAUUCCGGCCUCGAUAUCACGCUACCGGAUUUCCCCGAAAUUAGGUCGAACGAAUGCAGCCUCAUGAUUUCUACUGCCAGCGGGGAGAUCCAUGAGCCUUCCAUGUCUAGGGUUGAAAUCGUGUAUGAUCAAACCCAAGCCGAUCAGCUUGGUCUGGCCUGUUCCAUUGCCAAGCAAUGCAAGUCCCUUGACUCCUCCGCCCAAAUCAUCUCAGUUGAUGACGCGAUCAAGAACCAGACAAAUGAUGGAGCCUUCCGAGUUUUCAUUGUUGAGCUUCAGCGUCCGGUAUGGACAGUCGUUGAAAAGCGGCUUUUUGAAAAUUUGCAAACGCUUCUCUCGACGACCUUGCAUGGGCUGUGGAUCACUCAGGGAGGGGGCAUCUUGCCAGCCAAGCCGCACUUCCGUCUGGCCGAAGGAUUGCUCCGUGUCUUGAUGGAGGAGGAUGGGCGACGCAAUCUCCACCUUCUUUCCAUUGAGCCUAAGGAAGAAUUGACUGGAGCAACGCAGCAUAUUGUAAAGCUGGUUCGAUUCCUAGCCUCGGAAGGAGCGACAGGUACGGAUACCGAGUACAUGGAGCAAGGGGGAAUCCUGCACAUUCCGCGAGUGAUCUCCCCCAGUCAGCUCAAUGAUGUCGUCGCGCGAAAAGCCAGCAAGCAACAGAAAACAGUGCAGAACUUUGACUGCCAGGUCCCUCUGCAACUUGAUGCCACUUCUCCCGGUUUGAUCAGUGGGUUCAAGUUUAUUAAAGACCCCACUGCAGACCAGCCACUAAAGGCCAACGAGAUCGAGAUCAAGGUCAAGUGCGCAGGAGUCAAUUUCCGCGACGUCUUGAUUGCUGUGGGACAGCUGAAGGCGAGCCACACCGGAUCUGAAUGCUCGGGUUUGGUCAGUCGUGUGGGUAGUGCGGUUUCAAAGUUCCAGGUGGGAGAUGCAGUUUCUGCCCUCGGAGACGGCUGUUUUGCCUCUUCGAUCCGGGUUCAGGAAAAUGGACCUGUUGUGAAAAUCCCUGCUGGCAUAACUUUUGAGGAAGCAGCAGCCUUACCGGUGAAUUAUGCCACUGCAUACGUUGCGCUGUGCAAUGUGGCACGUAUUCAAGCUGGCGAGUCAGUCUUGAUUCACUCAGGAACAGGUGGAACCGGUCAAGCGGCGAUCCAGAUUGCAAAGAAUGCAGGUGCGAUUGUUUUCGCGACUGUCGGCUCUCAAAGCAAGAAGCAAUUCCUGAUGGAUACUUAUGACAUCCCGGAGUCACACAUAUUUUCUAGUCGGACAACUCUGUUUGCACAGGCUAUCAAGCACCGAACAGGUAACAAGGGUGUUGAUGUCAUUCUGAACUCGCUGGCCGGAGAAAGUCUCUUAGCAUCCUGGGAAUGUAUCGCGCCUUAUGGCAGAUUCCUUGAAAUUGGCAAAAGAGACAUCCUGUCAAAUCAGGGACUCCCAAUGGCGCAAUUUCUCCGAAAUGUGACAUAUAGUGGUGUUGACCUGGCCGCGAUGUCAAUCGAGCGGCCUGAAGUGUGUGCUGCUGCUCUUGAAAUAGUCUUCGCGGCUGUGAAGGAAGGUAAAUUGCAUCCAUCUCAGCCUAUUCAUCAGCAUGGAGUAGGCGAAAUUGAGAAAGCUUUCCGUAUCCUACAAGGCGGCCAGCAUGUGGGUAAAAUGGUGCUCGAAAUGCGUCCGGAGGACAAGGUGAUGACCAUUCUGGACACAACAACCAGCUAUUCCUUGGAUCCUAAUGCGACAUUUGUCGUCUGUGGUGGAUUGGGAGGACUGGGCAGCAACAUUGUUAGUUGGCUAGCGGACCGGGGUGCCCGCCAUCUCCUGUUACUUUCACGCUCAGGAGGCCAGGGUGCGAAAGCCCGUGCCCUAAUAGAUCGUCUGGAAGAAAGAGGCGUCGAUGUUAAGGCUCCGGCAUGUGAUGUGUCGGACGAGGUAGCGCUGCAGAAUGUGCUACAGACCUGCGCAUCCCAAAUGCCUCCUAUCAAAGGAUGCAUCCAAGCGGCCAUGGUGCUACGUGACGCGCUCUUUGAGAACAUUACUCAUCAGUCGUGGCACGAAUCAAUCUCUCCUAAGGUUCAAGGUUCCUGGAACCUCCAUCAACACCUUCCUCGCGGAAUGGACUUUUUCAUUAUGCUAUCAUCUAUUUCUGGUAUCGUUGGAACCACCGGACAAGCUAAUUACGCAGCGGGAAAUACUUUCCAAGAUGCUCUAGCUCGUCAUCGUGUUGGGCUCGGCGAGAAAGCAACCGCUUUCGAUCUUGGGGUGUUCACAUUUGCUGGAGCUAUUUCCGAGGAUGCCCAGUUGCGUGAACUGCUGGUUGCCAACAUGGGACUGGAACCUGUCACUGAGCCACAAUUCCAUGCCAUGUUGGACUAUUACUGUGAUCCUCAACUCAGUUUGCAGAGCACAUCGGAUUGCCAGGUCACAGUGGGUCUGUCGCCAAACGCAAGCCAGGCGACAUUGCUGAAGAAGCCGAUGUUCAGCCAAGUGACUGCCCACGACAUAGCAGGUGGUGAUCAUGGCACACCUGAUUCUAUCGCUGCUUCUCUUCGACAGGCCGAAUCUCUUGCCAUUGCUACUGCGUUAGUCACGGAGGCUAUUACGUUGAAGCUCUCCAAGUCUUUGUCAAUCGCUGUGGCGAACAUCGAUGCCAACAAACCAUUGCAUCAAUAUGGAGUAGACUCCCUUGUUGCAGUAGAGCUGCGAAGCUGGUUUUUCAGGGAACUGCAGUCUGAAAUGGCUGUAUUUGACAUUUUGGGAGGUGCAACGCUGACUUCAUUGGCUCAAAUGGCCACGAGCAAAAGCAAGUUGUGCAACGGACCUUGGUCUUAG